AUGGAAGGCCAGUCGACAUCUGUGUCUCCCUACGAGACAGACCCCGCCAAGAUCCCCAGAGACGACAGAUAUGCUGAUAUCCCCCUCUAUGGCCGUUAUGGGCCAGCAGUGGGUGACUUCAAACCCCAACUUGAACACAUCAAUUCCACGUCUUCCCAAUCCUUGAGAUACUGGGAAGAAGUCCUCUCGAGGUGCGGUGACUCCAAUUUAGUCUACAAAAACGAACUAGACGACGACGGUCGCGAUGUUUUCGCCUUCGGGAGUAUCAUCAUCAAGUCGGGCCAUCUUCACAAGGCUCCUACUCGCGACUACUCAUUCAAUGACGCCAACGAGGUCGCUGCUGUCGCUAUUGCCCAGAAGCCGCUAGCGAAGCUCGGCAUCAAGGUCCCGGAAAUAUACUUCACUGGCAAGAUCCAUGGCCGCGAUGUCCUUGUUCAGCAGAGAAUACCCGGCGUUGGGCUCAAUAUCGCUAAGCAGUACUUGGGCUCUGAUGAUAUGGAGAGCUUCAAGGAGCAGGCCCGCGUGGUUCUCCGUACACUGCGUGACAUCAAGCCGCCCUCAGCACAGAAGUCUCGCUCAUACAUCGCCCCGGCUCCAGAUCCCGUCAAGAGCCAUCGUGUCCGGCAAGAGGAGGCGGAAAUCAUCUUCUCCGACGUCAACACGGACACAGACUUUUGCUUUAUGCACAAUGACUUUACUGAGUCGAACACGAUUGUCAAUGAUGGCAAGAUUGUCGGCUUGAUAGACUGGGAAAUGGCUGGCUAUUUUGGAUGGGAGACAGCACGUCAGGUGCAUUUGCGGAUCAGAGGUCCAAGGAAGGAGAGCUUCGCCCAUUUGGAGAGCAAGGAGGAAUUUAAGGAUAUCUUAAGGCAGAUGUUCUUCUGGAGGGACUUGUAUGAUGUCGCUUAG